AUGGGUUCCGUGGUAAUUCCUCACCUAGUCACGGCCUGGCACGUUGACCAAGCAAUCCUCUCGGAAGAUGAGCGGCUCGUUGUUAUUCGCUUCGGCCGCGAUUGGGAUCCCGACUGCAUGCGCAUGGACGAAGUCCUCUACAAAAUAGCCGAUCGAGUGAAGAAUUUUGCCGUCAUCUACGUCUGCGACAUCGAUCAGGUCCCCGAUUUCAAACAAAUGUACGAACUGUACGAUCCCGUCACGCUUAUGUUCUUCUUCCGCAACAAGCAUAUGAUGUGUGAUUUUGGCACGGGCAACAACAACAAAUUGAACUGGGUCCUGGAAGACAAACAAGAGCUGAUUGAUAUCAUCGAAACGAUAUACAAGGGCGCAAAGAAGGGAAGGGGUCUGGUGGUUUCCCCGAAAGAUUACUCGACACGGUACCGAUAUUGA